GUUAUCCUGAUUAAGAAGAUAUGAAAGAAUACACACUCCUUCUUUUCUUGGCUUUGUGCUCUGCUAAAUCUCUCACUGGUCCCUCAUAUUUUACACUAAAGAAUAUGAUGCUCCAAGAUAUGGAAGAUGACGACGACGAUGAUGAUGAUGACAAUUCUCUAUUUCCAACCACUGAACCCAUUCUACCACUCAUUCCUUUUGAUCUGUUCCCAACAUGCCCCUUUGGAUGCCAGUGCUAUGUGAGAGUUGUCCAUUGCUCUGACCUAGGUUUGACAUCAAUUCCUCGCAACAUCCCGCCAGAUACUCGUAUGAUUGAUCUUCAAAACAACAAAAUCAAAGAGGUCAAGGAAAAUGAUCUCCAAGGACUCACAUCACUUUAUGCACUGGCUUUGAACAACAAUAAAAUAUACAAGAUCCAUCCCAAAGCCUUUCAACCAACAAAGAGGCUACGACGACUGUAUUUGUCCCACAAUCAACUGACAGAGAUUCCAACAAAUCUACCCAGAACUCUUGCAGAACUCAGAAUUCAUGCUAAUAAGGUUAAGAAAAUUCCCAAGGAUGUAUUUAAAGGAAUGAAGUCUCUACAUGUUUUAGAAAUGAGUGCAAAUCCUCUUAACAACGAUGGAAUAGAGCCAGGGGCUUUCGAAGGGGUAAAUAUCUACCACAUACGAAUUGCAGAGGCCAAGUUAACUUCAAUUCCUAAAGAUUUGCCAUCCAGUCUUCUGGAGCUUCACUUAGAUGACAAUAAGAUCACAGGAAUUGAACUUGAGGAUUUUAACCGCUACAAAGAUCUACAAAGGCUAGGCCUUGGCAAUAAUAAAAUCAAAGAAGUGGAAAAUGGAAGUUUUGCCAACAUCCCAAGUAUACGUGAAAUCCACCUGGAAAAAAACAAGCUGAAGAAGGUUCCUCCUGGAUUACCUGAACUGAAAUAUCUGCAGGUGGUCUUCCUUCAUUCCAACCAUAUUGCCAAGCUGGGAGUGAAUGAUUUCUGUCCCACGGGACGAAGGAAGAAGAAAGCCCUGUACAGCGGCAUCAGCCUCUUCAACAACCCUGUCAAGUACUGGGAGGUCCAGCCUUCAACAUUCCGCUGCAUUUUAGCCAGGAACAGUGUUCAGCUUGGGAACUUCCUCAAGUGAGGCCCUAGUUGGUUAUUUCAAAAAGCAACUUGUCUAAAUCAGUUUUACAAUACUUGAAAUUUGCAGAAAAAUGCUGAUUUUAUGCUAUUUAACCGUUUACAAAGUAUUUGCUAUUUCAGAGAUAAUUAAUUAGAAACAAUAUGUUAAGUAGGAUCCAUUGUAUUGUUUGACAAUGUUCAACCUACAUUUGAAUAAUUUAAACAAAAGUCUUUAUAUCUUACAGAAGGACUCUUAGAAGUGGAACUGGAAACUGUAUUUGAUGUUUCCUAUUAUAGAUGUUAGAUGCCUUCUUUAAAUCACGUAGUUUGGACACAUUCUUUCUUUCAAAUAAGUCCUGAAAAUCAUGUGGAAGUGACUUUUUCCACAGUUAGGAAAAACCUAGGA